AUGAACAAACAAAAGCAAAAUAUUGAUCAGCUAAUAGCCCAGUGCUUUGACUAUCAGUAUAUUUCGCAGAAUACUUCAUUACUAGAAAGUCUUCAAUCAUCAAAUCAAGUCACAACAAAUUCUAAUGGCGCAUGGACAGAAAUCUUUCCAUUAAUCAGCCAAAUAUUUAGCGUUCAGAACGAAAAAGAUGCAUUUAAGCUGUACAUAAAGGCAAUUACACCAGUUAUUCGCAAUUUCAAACAAUUAGAUACAAAUGUUUCUGUUCUUUGCCUGAAAACUAUGGCCAAAUCACUUAAAUACUUUUCAGAAACAGCAGAAUAUAAUGAAUCCGUUACUUAUUUGCAAAAAUUGCUACCUUUGUCAAUGGCUUAUCAAAGAAAAAAGACUGGUGAGUCUGCGCUGCUGUAUGUUGGUAACAAUCUUAUACUAGUUAACUUUUCUCGCAAUAAUUUCAAACAAGCUCAAAACGUCAUUGAAGUUGUUGAAGAAAAGGUCAAAGAUCUUUCAAAUUAUCCUAUAAAUGAGGCUGUUGAAUUUUCAUUUAACAAAGGAAAGAUCAAUGCCGUCUAUUCUAAGCUUCAAGAAGCUCAAAAAGAUUUAUUAUUCGCAUUUCAUCAUACUCCUUAUAUAGAACGUAAGAACAGACGUCUUAUUUUAGCCUACUUAGUUCCUGUGCAAAUGUGCUUAGGACAAUUACCUUCCAAAGAUCUUAUCAAUAAAUAUAGUUUAACAAUGUAUGAAUUCUUAGCCAAAGCCAUAGAAACAGGCAAUCUUGCCCUCUACGAUGAAAGUCUAGAGUCAAAUCAAUUCUUAUUUAUUAAAUUAGGAUUAUUUGAUUUAGUUGUUAAAGCAAGACAAUUAGUUUUCUUACAGAUCCUUAAAGUCGUCCAUAAUUUAUGGGGAGAUGCUAAGGUACCUACUACAUUGUUCCAAGAAGCAAUAUCUAAAUACGGAGAUUACGAUUUUGUAUUAUCUGAAUCAAUUAUAGCAUCUUUGAUUAAAGAAGGAUAUGUUAAAGCAUAUAUGAGUCAUCCUUUAAAGAAGAUCGUUUUCUCGCAAACAGAUCCAUUCCCAAAUCUUGAUUUUAAUUCACAGUAA